UUGUGAUAAACACACAUAACCACUGUCGGAUUGUAUUGCACUUAGUCGUUUUUAGUAAAUUGGCCUUGGAGUCGUGGCCAUCUUGGGACGCUGGGGUAAUGGGCCGGGGUUAUGGGAGAUGUAGUGCUGGGAUUUUUGUUCGCCUAUUUUUCCACUGGAGCGUUAUGCAGGCUGCACAGUCGGGAUUCCGAAACUACAAAAGCCGUUAUAUUUUGACAGGACGGGACACAUGCAGAAUAUUAAUACUGGACAGUACUAUGUGAGAUUUUGGGUUUAAGGUUAAAUAACCCCAGAGAGACCCCCUUCCCCAGAUAUCCAACAUAGGGAGGUCUGCGGAUCUUAAAAGCUGAAAUCCAGGGGGCUGUCCCACCGCUGCCCUUAAUCAAAGCCGUCUGUCUGAAAUAUCACUUCCGUGCAUCUGAAUCUGGGAAGGUUUCUUACCUGGCACGUAUAUCUUUUGCUGUUCAAAGUGUUUCUUUGUUAAAGGCCCUCUUUCGAAAUCGGAUUAAAACGGAUUACUUUAACAUCGUCUAGAAGAAUCGUCGCUGGAACAAAAAUAUCCACCGCAGGCUGAACCAGAAUCUGCAUGCAAUCGUAGGCUAGUUUUCAUUUGCCAUCGGUAUUACAUUAUACAGCUAUAACCAAGAUCAAAUUCCCUGACAAUUAACAGGAAGCCAAGUGCACUGGUGAGAUUCAGAAGGAUUUGAACGACCAAGAAAAUAUGAACCAACUGGAAUAGUCCCACCAUGAGUGUGCUGCCCCCCGUGAGAAGGGACCGUGUCAUCGCCCAGCUGCCCCAGCCUUUCAGUAAGGAUGCAGCCCUGCACACCAAGGAUGGAUUCCACUCCAAGGUGAAGACGGCCUGCCAGGAGCACAGGACAGGCACAGUGGGCAGGUUCAAGAUCUCCAAGGUCAUCGUGGUUGGUGACCUGGCUGUGGGGAAAACCUGCCUGAUUAAUAGGUUCUGCAAGGACACCUUUGAUAAGAACUACAAAGCAACCAUUGGUGUGGACUUCGAGAUGGAGCGGUUUGAAGUGCUGGGGGUCCCGUUCAGUUUGCAGCUGUGGGACACUGCAGGCCAGGAGCGGUUCAAGUGCAUCGCCUCCACGUACUACAGGGGAGCGCAGGCUAUCAUCGUUGUGUUUGACGUGACUGAUGUGGCCUCUCUGGACCACACAAGGCAGUGGUUGGAAGAUGCACUGAAGGAGAAUGACCCCACCCACAUCCUGCUAUUCCUGGUUGGCACCAAGAAAGACCUGAGUUCUCCUGCUCAGUACUCUCAGAUUGAGGAGGACGCCAUUAAGAUGGCAGAGGAGAUGAAGGCGGAGUACUGGGCUGUAUCUGCCCUGUCGGGUGAGAACGUUCGGGAGUUGUUCUUCCGCGUGGCGUCGCUGACCUUCGAGGCCAACGUCUUGGCGGAGCUGGAGAAAAGCGGCUCAAGGCGCGUCGGUGACAUCGUCCGGAUAAGCAGUAAUUCUGGUAACCUUUAUGCAACACCAAAGAAGAGCAAGUCCAGCUGCUGUAAAUAAAAGGAGAGAGGCCAGUACAUCACACUUUACACUACAGGAAUAUCAGCCACCAGCGUGACAAGACUUAUAGCCAUGGAGAGCAGGGCCUUUGCUCGCCAGGCACUGAGCAGGACGCCACCCCAGAAUGGAGGACUCUGCAUGGGCCGGAUUCCCUCUCCGCUGACGCUGGAAGUGGGUCACAAGCAUUUUCCUGCUGGGUUUUGCUGCAUUCUUCUGGACGUCACGUUACCUGCUCGUUAGCAUGCAAGGCUUCCUGUAGUGGCUGUGUGCUGGUUUCACUGUGCAAUAUGGUACAUGCUGAGAGAUCCCUUGUGUCCUAGGGUUAUGUGUUCUAUGGCAAAACUGUUCAGGCUUUGUACAUUCAUCUACAAUGAGGAUGGUGAUGACGGCGAAGAUGUCGGUGUGUGCGAUGGGAUAAUAUUUAUGUGGAAGUUAACCAUAAGGCCCAGGUAGAAAAUGCACCCCCAUUUCCUGGAGUGUUACAUUUCAGUGUUAAAUACCUGAAAAUGUGUUAAGGAUUUUAGUUAAAUCUUUUUACAGUCCAGUUAGACCAAUAAAAUUAUUUUACCAUACAAAUGUAA